AUGCCGGCUAUCAUGGAUGAUCCCUCGAGCCCGACCAUCUACCGUGUGUCGGGUCCGGCGCCGUAUCCCGAGCCUGGCAAACCGGGCUUUCCUGCGAGCAUCAAACCUCGUCAGGUCACUCUAAGGGAUCGCCAGACGAUUGCCACUGUGCUACCGUUCGCUUCGAGCUCCCAAGUACCACCUUCUCUACUCAAGUACCUGUCGGACCAGUUUGCCAAGGAAAUUGAAGGCGGCGAUACCUACCCAAUGGUAGAGCCCAUGUCCUUGGAGCAGUAUUCCAAAUACUGGUUCCAGAACUUUGCAGCCAUCAUGCUCCUCGGCACGAUUGAUAGUCCCGACCAGGUAGUCGAGGGUAAAGACUGGUCAAAAGAGUGCCUCGGCAGCUUUUACAUCAAGCCCAACUACCCGGGUCGCAGCAGCCACAUCUGCAAUGCUGGAUUCAUUGUCACCGAAGCUGCGCGAAACCGUGGUGUAGGUCGGCAAAUGGGAGAAAGCUAUCUCGACUGGGCGCCCAAGCUCGGAUACAGCUAUUCCGUCUUCAACCUGGUGUACGAAACCAACGUGGCAUCGUGCAAGAUCUGGGAUGGCCUCGGCUUCAAGCGUAUUGGCCGCGUCAAGGGCUGCGGUAAUCUCAAAUCCUACCCUGACCGCCUUGUCGAUGCUAUCAUCUACGGACGGGACCUUGGAGAAGCCGCCGGAGACGGCGCUGACGGGCCGGUGAGUGAAGAACGAUUCGACAAGAUCAAAUUUUACCUCAAAUACGGAAAGUACCCAAACGGAUCUGACCGAGCCGAGAAAAGUAGGCUACGUAGCGCAGCGACCCACUAUAAGUUGCUCGAAAACGACGUCCUCAUGCUCAAGGACAAGGAAGUCAUCAGCGAUCCUGCCCGCCAGAUGGACAUUGCCAAGCAGGUCCAUGAGGACGGGAGCCACGCCGGCAUUAACAAGACCACAGCCACCAUUGCCGAGCGUUACCAUUGGAGCCGCAUCAAGGAGACAGUCUCGGAUGUAAUUAGGUUAUGCUCUGAAUGCAAGGAAUUAGGCAAGAUGCCUUUGCCAAACGCUACCGCCGCUCGAAAGAUUACCACACCAAAUCCCGUGUCUUUUCAGCCUGCUGAGGUCUUCAAGCCCCCAUCAGACGCCGAACCUCGGCCUCCAGACCUGGAGAGUACCGAGAGAAUCUUGGAUCUGAGAAAUCCAACGCGGCCGCCACCCACCAUGAACGAUCUGAAUGUCAGGCCAUAUGAUCAUCAAAGUGACCUUGCCUCUUUGCUAAACCCCGAGCCAAUCUCACCUGACCACCUUUUGUUGUCUGAACCAUUGCCUCAGAUAUCGCAUGAGCAUCGCGAGCUUCUCGAUGCCACAUCGAAUCUGUCUGUGAUACCGUACGAUCCAGUCAACAUUUUUGCUCAAAUAGAUCCCCAAAUCAUUGCGCAGUCAGGACAUCACGAUGCAAAUGACCAUUUUGACGCCUUUUCCGAGCUGGGUACCCAACAACCUCCCGAUCAAUACCUACACUCACCAUACGAUGUUCACAUGCCGACGUCACAUCCGCCACCCGACGAUCAUGACACGUAUCUCAAACUACAAGCAUUGCUCAACGAUGAGCCAGACACCAUGUCACACGACUUUGAACCGAGAAGCGCUGUUGAUGGCGACAAUGUACUCUCAUCCGGAAUGCCACACCAUGAGCAGGACAACGACGUAGUUGAUCAGGGUCUAGACAUGCUCAUAGACCAUCCCGAUGAUCAUGACCAGGGGGACUUGGAUACAACACUGGGCACUGAGGGUUCCGACGAGGCAAGAAGGCAGGGAGGCGGGCAAAAUUUUGGAGCAGAGAAGAGGGAUAGGCGAAGUACAAUGCUGGAGGAUGCUCGAUCACCAAAGCGACGAAACUGGGAUCACGUCGUCUUUGAUGCAUCGUAA